AUGGAAGAAGGCGGAGUACCUCCUAAAGAUAAAGGUGGAUUUACCACUGUGGGAUACUCACCCCGCGGGACCCAUCCCGUUAAUUUCAUCCCCUUGUUUAGUGCUCACAAAUUUUUCAUGAGCGUUCGCCGAGGCCCGAAGGUGUGGAGACUGUGGACGGCUGGUGGGGCCAACAGCCGGAGUUUGGGCAGCGAGGAUUCCGUAGUUGUCAAAGUGGGCGAGACGGCCAAACUUCCCUGCGUCGUACAGCACCUCAACGACAAAUCCGUCACGUGGCUCCGAAGACGUGAUCUGCACAUCUUGACGGCGGGCCACCACACAUAUUCGGCUGACCAGCGGUUUCAGGUCGUGCAUGCUGAAGGCAGCGACGAGUGGACCCUGGUGGUGCGUUACGCUCAGCUGAGGGACGCAGGCGUCUACGAGUGCCAAGUGAACACUAAUAUGAAGCUGUCCAGACCAGUAACGCUCAAAGUUUACGAUUCUACUCAGCAAAUGAGCGUGACAAAAACGAAAGUCUUCAUAGCUAAUAACACGGCGUCUACAAAAGACGGUGACCUUCGCGUUGAGAUCAUAGGACCACGGGAACUACACAUCGAGGAAGGGUCAUCCCUGACGUUGACCUGCGUUGUCACCUCUUCCAAAGGACCUUCGAAUUUGGUCUACUGGUACCAUGACAAAAACCUCAUCGAUUACAAUUCGCCCAGAGGAGGGGUCAACCUUAAGAUCGAUCGGGGGCGUGGCGAGACCACCACAAAACUGGUCGUGUCUUCGGUCGGACCAGGAGAUUCGGGCAUCUAUUCCUGCGUGCCCCAAGGGUCGCACCCGGCUUCCGUGCUGGUCCAUGUACAAAAAGGUGAGCACGAAGCCGCCAUUCAGCAGGGAGGGUUGAACGCGGCCAGCAUCUUAAGCGCCAGUCCCCUUAUGGCGUGCGUGAUCAUCGCCCUCAUCCUUCGCCAAUACCAAGUCCUUCACGAAGUCCAUCGCGUCCUGGACCAUUCCCUCUUCGACCGGAGGCACUUCCAGCUCGCGUGAUGGUGCCCCUGGGAAGGCGUGCGUCCAUAUUUCACGGAUGAUUCCGAAGGCUGAAGGGGUCUUCAUACAUGAGCCGUUAUUUGAAGCCACGUUCCUUGGGUUUGGCAGCGACGUGAUUUUGUGCUCAUGUGGUUUUUGAUACAAUGCAAGAAAGCGAAUGACUAUACAGAAACCAGUGACAGACUUUUUACUAGUAUCUGAGAAAAUACGGUUGUUUUACAUUGAAAACCCUAGUGGAUAAAGUCAUACUUUUCGGAGUAAGUUAAUGUAAGCAGUAUUUUACCUAAGUUACGAAAUCUUAGAAUAUUUUUUCUUUUACCAGUGUAAAGAUUCAACGGUGUCAUUUGAAAAUUUAAUCAUAUCUUUCAUGGGAAAAAUUGCUGACUUGUCUUCGUGAAGGUGGUUCUCUUAUUUUACCAAAUGACAGUCAGAGAAACUGGUUUUCCUUUUCUAAAAAGUCUGAAAAGCUAUAUUUGUGGUAUGACAAGAAGAACAAGUUAUUUGUCGUCGUUCCUUUCUGGGAUUUUGGUGCUGUUUGCUGAACCUCUUGACUUAAACUAUAUCUGGAAGACUAGAAAAGUAGAAGGGAUCUCCCGAACUCUUUGUUGCAGUCAAAUAUGUUGUGAUCCUCGGUAAAUGUAGAAAAUCAUUCAGGUUUUUCCAGAAAAAAUAAAUCCCUAGUAGGAAAUGAAUCGUUCGGGAAAAGAAUGAAUAUUUCACCUGUGUAUCUCACGGCAUAUGCCCAUGUACACAUACGUAUAUAUAUAUUUUUGAUCUUCACAUUUUUUAGAGAAUAUAAUUAGGUAGACAGAUGGAUCUGGAGAGAUGUUGAAAUCUGUAACAAAACUGAUUUUGUGGUUUCAUGUCAUUUUUACAAAACGCUGGCGGUUGUGUUUCUCAAACCUUAGGAUCAGUACAACGCUUUCAAUUGUAGCAGUUGUUAGAACAAUUUUAUGGCAAUUAAAAAUGACUUUACGUUAUAUCCAAUUCAAUUUUGUAAUAAUACAAAAGAUGUAACUCACGAAAUAAAGCUAUCAGGAUAA